AUGGCUUCAUCUGGCCUGUUCGAGUCUGCGGACAGCGCCCAGAGGCGGGAACGCGCAGCAAUCGCAGCGCAGGCAUGUCAAACAUGUCGAAAUAGAAAGAGCAAAUGCGAUGAACAACGGCCGAAAUGUGGCCUCUGCAGACGGUUGAACGUCGAGUGUGUUUACCGGGAACCGCUGCCGACAAAGAAAGACAAGACCAUGGUCCAUAUCCUGGACACAUUGACAAGACUCGAGAACAAGUUCGACAAUCUUGCGCUGUCAAACAGCGCUGAAACCCCAGAAACAAACGCAUCCGGUCCCAGAGCUUCUGUCAGCCAUUCAUCAGCCUCUUCGAAUCGAGUUCAUCGGACCGAAGGUUACGGUGCUGGACAGGUUACGCUUGAGCUGCAGCAAGGAUAUCAUCACCUGACUGUUCCGCACAAGAUCAUUCUGUGGCCCAGCAUAUACAUUCACUUAAUCAACUCGGGCAUCAGCGCCGCGUCAGACCUCCAAUUCGUUUUGCAAGAAGGGACGCCAUGGUUCAUCAGACAGGAGAUGUCCGUCCAGAAGACAAUCUUGGCUCCAGGAGUCGGCCUCUCCACUUUCCAAUUGAGUGGGCGCUCUCCUGGACAGAAUCAAUCUGAGAGGGUUGCCUUCACGACUCUGACUGUACAAAGGAUGCAAGAGUAUAGUGAAGCGUACUUCAAUACUUUUAAUGUGCUGGCACCCGUACUCAAUAGGGAACUGUUCAUGUCGCAAACCAUGCCGGGCAUUUUGCAGGACGGCUUCGGUGAUGGUGACGAAAACAGCGUGCUUGCGCUGCUGGUGCUCGCACUGGGCCAGCUUGCUAUCGAAGGCGUGUUCGAGCGGUCUAUCAGCAUGGUCAAUGGCACUCCGAGUGGCUUUCGUGGUGGGACAUUGGAACGACCGCCAGGAAUUGAGAUCUUCAAUGAGGCUCGGCGGCGGCUGGGGUUUAUUGCAACUCAGAACACACUCGAAAAUGUGCAAAUCAUGCUUCUCCAAGCGACCUACUACGAAGCAACAGCGAGGCACCUGGACUUCUGGCGUUCUACAGUCACGGCAUCCAUGGCAUGCCAAGUCUUGAUGAAGUGCCAGAAUCAUGACUGGCAGACUCCGCACGGGGACCUCAUCAAGCGAGCAUACUGGACUUGUGUGCUGAGCGAAGAUCUGUAUCACUUGGACCUUGACCUGCCCCAGAGUGGUAUUCAACAGCUCGAAGACACAGUGCCUCUACCAUAUUUCCACGAGGGGCAGGAUUCGACGACAACAGGCUUUACGGGCGACGGCGAGAGGUCUCAUUUUCAAUAUCACUUCCUUGCUAUGAUUGCUCUACUUUUGAUGAUCGAAGCUUACAGCAUCACAGCAUCCAGCAAUCAAGCAGAGUCUGCUGAUGACUAUGGUGGUCCGCCUGUGACGGUCAUCAGAGAGAUGUCCCGGCAGCUCGAAUCAUGGCGGUCACUGCUCCCUCGCCCACUGCAGUGGCAGGACCACGACAAGCUCGACUUCCCGAACAAUGAUACAACUGUCCGACGACCGAACGAAGCCUUGUUCGCCCCGGAUCAAGGUCCCGUCCCCAUCGGUCACAAGUUCAACCUCGACCUCGUCACAGCUCAAUUGCGAACUCGCUUCUACUAUGCCCGCUUCAUGAUGUACCGGCCGUUCGUCUACAAGGCCUUGCAUUUUCCAGAAUUGAUGACCGAGGACGACUGCAAUUGCUGCGCGUUAGCAAUCAAAUCAGCAUUGCUGUGGCCAAUCGCCAUGGCUCCUCCCAAGAACAAGAAACGCCUCGUCCCACAUCUAUUCGCCUGGACACAGAAUUUCAUGGGCAUUCUCUUGAUCCUCCGCAUGACGACGGAGAAUGAGUGUCUGAAGCAGAUAUGCGAGGAGCAUGUCGACCAAGAAGAGAUUAAAAGGACAGUGUCGCUGAUGUUGGAAUGGGUCCGGGAUGUCCGGCAACUUGAUGGGAUCGCGGAGUGGAGCUGGAAGAUACUGGAACCGCUAUACGGUCUUCGGUAG